AUGGGUUGGGAGCUGACAAAUUACUAUGAAGAGCUUUUCUCCUCUUCAAACCCGAGCGUUACUGUGGAGGCUCUUGAGAAAAUCCCAUGCUUGGUGACAGAAGAGAUGAAUGCAGAUUUGGUGCGUGAUUUUUCAGAAUUGGAAGUGUGGGAAGCUUUAAAUCAAAUGGCACCUUUAAAGGCUCCGAGUUCGGAUAGAAUGCCUCCACUCUUCUAUCAGCAUUUUUGGGAGCUUAUGAAGUAUGAUGUAACCAAUGCCGUCCUCUCUUGGUUAAACACAGGUACUUUACCCGACCCUAUAAACCAUACUCUUAUUACUCUUGUGCCAAAAGUUGAUAACCCUGAACUAGUGACUGAGUUUCGACCUAUUAGUCUAUGUAAUGUUCCCUACAAAAUAUAUUCCAAGGUCCUAGCUAAUAGACUAAAGAAAUUCCUUCCAUCCCUAAUCACUGAACACCAAUAUGCUUUUGCUAAAGAUCGCCUUAUUUCAGAUAAUAUUAUGGUUGCCUUUGAAACCCUCCAUCAUAUGAAGCAUCAUAGCUCGGGUAGACAUGGAUUUAUGACCUUAAAACUAGAUAUGAGUAAGGCCUAUGAUAGGGUUGAAUGGGUUUAUUUGGAGAAACUUAUGGAGAGAAUGGGAUUUUGCUCUAGGUGGAUUGCUCUUGUUAUGAGUUGUGUUAGAAUGGUGACAUACUCCAUUAUGAAGUUGCUUGCUGAUUAUGAGUCGUUAUCGGGGCAAAAGAUCAACAAAGACAAGAUUGCAAUCUUUUUUAGCAAGUCUACAUCGGAAGAAGCAAAAGUAAAUAUCAAAAAUCUUCUCCAACUUCAAGAAGUUAAAUCCUAUGAGAAGUAUUUAGGGCUGCCAUCUUUUGUGGGUAGGGGAAAAAAGGCAAGUUUUGAUUAUAUAAAAGAAAGGGUAUGGAGGAAGCUUCAAGGAUGGGAGAGCAAGUUGUUAUCACAAGCCAGUAGAGAGGUACUCAUUAAAUCUGUAAUCCAAGCUAUUCCUUCCUAUGCCAUGGGUUGCUUCAAACUUCCCAUUGGGCUUUGUGAGGAUAUUGAGGCUAUGAUAAGAAGAUAUUGGUGGGGCCAAAGGGGUGAUCGAAGGAAAAUUCAUUGGCUCCGUUCGAGUGAAUUAACAAAAUCUAAGAUGGUAGGAGGAAUGGGUUUCCGUGAUUUGGCUCACUUUAAUGAUGCACUUUUAGCAAAGCAAGUGUGGCGUCUUAUCCACGAUAAGGACUCUCUCUUUUACAAAGUGUUUAAGGUGAAGUUUUUUCCUCAUGGUUCUCUAAUUGAUGCAAAAGAAUCCUCUUCAGGAUCGUAUGCUUGGAAAAGCAUCUUGAGAGGUCGUGAUGUGGUCCUAGAGGGAGCUUGUUGGAGGGUAGGCAAUGGGAAAUCUAUCAAAAUAUGGCAACAUUAUUGGCUGCCACGAAAACACCCAACUAAGGUAGCAUCCCCGAUGGUGGAAUCUAUGGAGGAAGCUACUGUGGAUUGUUUGAUAGAUGAAGGGACACGCACAUGGAAUGCUGACAUGGUAGAUGGAAUUUUUGCACCGCAAGAAGCAGAAGAAAUUAAGAACAUUCCAUUGGCCCGAGAAGCUACUGAAGACUCGCUGUUUUGGCCACUAGCACAGGAUGGAAAGUUUAAUUGCAAGCUGGGGUACCGGUUCUUGAAGGAAGCAGAGGAUGGUUCUCAAAUGGAGGCUCGGCCUGACCAUGAAAAAGGCCUAUGGAAGAAAAUCUGGGCUUUGGCAUGUCCGAAUAAAGUGAAGAAUCUAGUUUGGAGAGCUUGCCCUGAGAGAUAUUCAGAGUUUCAAGCCAUCUUACCGCCACCUCCACCUAGCCAACCACGCAUAAGAACACGUUGGAAGCCACCCCCAUUGGAUAUCUUCAAAAUUAAUUUUGAUGGAGCCGUUUUUGCCGAAGAAAAUUGUUCAAGUGUGGGAGUUAUUGUCCGUAACAGAGAAGGCUUAGUGAUUGCAGCCAUGUCAGAAAAAAUUCCCCAACUCCUCCAGCCAAUUGAAAUUGAGGCCAUGGCAGCCACAAGGGCUCUUGAGUUUGCUAGGGAGGUGGGCAUCUCAGAAGCUGUUCUUGAGGGAGAUUCGUUGCAGGUGAUUAAGGCGUUAGAAACCAAGGACGUUGGACUUGCUCCAUUUGGUCUUUUGAUUCAGGAUGCCUACAGUUUCAUUCCAGCUUUUUCUUUAUUGUCUUACUCUCAUACAAAGAGAGAGGGCAACCUAGUAGCGCAUGAUUUGGCGAAGUUAGCUAUUACCAUCCCAAAUUGUGUAAUAUGGAUGGAAGAUGUUCCAUCGGACGUUGUUGAUUCAUAUCAGGCUGAUUUGGCCGGGUUUUCUUAA